AUGUUGGAAUUGGGCUUGAAUAAAGCUAUUACUUUUUUGUCUACCCUUCCAAUAGAAUAUCAUGGAUUUUCCAUUGAUUAUCCUUUUGGCAUAGAUCUUUGGUCAAUCUUUUCAAAAUGUUUUGAAAAGAUUAUCGGUUAUUCUGCAAAUGAUUUUGUCUUCAUUUAUGAUAAAACACGGUUGGCUAAUGGUUAUCACGCAGUUGGUUUGAUAAUGCUAUACUAUAUAUUCGUUUUUGGUGGACAGUACGUUUUAAGAAAGUUACAUGCUCCCAGUAUACGAUUUACAACAUUGUUCCAAAUACAUAACUUAUUUUUAAGUAUAGUGUCGCUUAUAUUAUUAUUGUUAUUAUUAGAACAGAUAAUUCCAAUGGUAUAUAAUAAUGGUUUAUUUUGGUCUAUUUGUUCAGUAGAGGCAUUUUCUCCUAAGCUGAUAACUAUAUAUUAUUUGAAUUAUCUUAUCAAAUAUUUAGAGUUGUUUGAUACAGUAUUCUUGAUUUUGAGGAAAAAAAGACUUAUAUUUGUACAUACAUAUCAUCAUGGUGCUACCGUUUUAUUAUGUUACACACAAUUGAUGGGACAUACAUCUGUAGAAUGGGUUCCGAUCGGGCUAAACUUGGGUGUUCAUGUAAUAAUGUACUACUAUUACUUCUUAACAUCAUGUGGUAUCAGAGUUCGUUGGAAACGUUGGGUUACCAGAAUUCAAAUUAUUCAAUUCUUUGUUGAUGUUCUAUUUGUUUAUUUUGUCACUUAUACAUUUUACGCUAACAAGUACUACAAUGGAAUUCUUCCAAACAUGGGGACAUGUUAUUUAACACAAGAUGCAGCAGCUUAUGGGUAUUUGAUUCUAACUUCAUAUUUAGUGCUUUUUGUGGCUUUAUAUAUGGGUUUUUUUACAGGUAGAAAGUCUGAAAGAAGGUUGAAACAAAAAAUGAAGCGUAAAAGAAUCUCUAAGAAAAAUUAG